AUGGCCGGGGUUUUCAGCAAACAACGAUUUGGUUUUGCAAGUGAAACGAUUGAAGAGCUAAAAAAUUUUUCCCAAAACCCAAACACAGUAAAGAGUACGUCUUUCUGGCUGAAUGUAUGGGAGACGUGGUGCAAACAGAAAAAUAUUGUCAACAAAAUCGAGGAAAACGAGCCAGAAAAACUAAACAAGCUACUUGAAACAUUCUACGCUGAAGUAAAAAACAAAAACGGUGACGACUACGAGCCAGACAGCUUAAGAGUGAUGAUAGCUGCACUUGAUAGACAUUUAAACGAGAAAGGAUACAAGUUUUCCAUCAUAAGAGACAGGGAGUUCCACUCUUCCAAGCAAGUUUUAGAGGGGAAAGCUCGGCAGCUUCGCCAAUCUGGUAUGGGCAAACGUCCAAAUAAAGCCAGAAGUUUAACUGAGGAAGAAGAAGAGGUGCUGUGGGAGGCAGAAAAAUUUGGUUCCAAAACUCCAGAAGCGCUUAUUUCUUCUAUGUGGUGGCUUUUGACGCAGUUCUUUGGUCUCCGCGGCCGUCAAGAACACCACGCAAUGAAAAUGGAAGAUUUUCAACUCUGCAAAAAUGACGAAGGUAUGGAGUUCGUGCAGUUUACCGAAGGUCCAACGAAGACCAGACAGGGCGGACUGCAGAGCAAGAACAGAGAUUUUCAGCCCCGAAUGUUCUCUGUUGGAGGAGAAAGGUGUCCGGUUGCUAUCUUCAAGCAGUUUGUCGAGCGAAGACCACUAAACAUGCGAUGGUCAGGUCCUUUCUACCUCAGUAUCAAAAGAAGCCGAACACUGAAUGACAACAUCUGGUUCAAAACUCAACCAAUGGGCGUAAACACGAUUAGCAACAUGAUGAAAACAACUGUGGCGGGUACUAGCCUUGAAGAAAGUCACAAAAAGUUCACGAAUCACAGUGCUAGAAAGACAACAGUGAGCAAGCUAAAGAAAGCAAACGUUGAACGCUCAGAUAUUGUGAAGGUCAUAGGCCACCGAAGCGUACAAUCCCUUGACGAUUACGAUGAAGCCGACGAGGAAGAACAACGAAGACUUUCCAGUGCAAUAUCCAAAGGAAAUUAUGAAAACCCCAGUGCUGAGAAAAAGCGAAUGGCAGUUUCCGACAUCACAACAACUGUGGCUCCACUCGGUCCGGUAAACACGAAAGUGCCCGUACCACACACAUUGGCCGGCCCAUCGAUGACAGCGACGAAAGAAAACCAAUUCCCUCCAUCACUUUCAGGUUUUCAAGUUCAGAAUUUCUCCGUGAAUCCAACCAUGAUGAGGUCCCAGGAACAGACCAUGAUGAACACGUUCAACAACUGUCAAGUGUCUUUCAUCAUUGGCCGCUCGAAGCGAGCUCCUGAGAUUUCAAAACGACAGCCCAGUUCUUGUAAACGCCGAGGGUUCAUUAUUGAGGAUGAUUCUGAUUGA